AUGAACAAGCUGGUUCUUUUUGCAGUGGCCGGUGUCGCGGUGGUCGGUGCAGUCAUAGGCCUUCUCAGCAGUGAUGUUGUGCACAAGAAAUCAUCAUCAACAAAAGCGGAAUCAAAGAGUGAUCCUCUGGCCUAUACCUCAAAGCCCGUGGCAUCGGUGUGCCAUUCCACGGAUUACAAGGAGGCUUGUGUUAAUAGCUUGGGAAUUCUGGUUAAUAAUCAGACUGCAAGUCCUAAGGAAUUCAUUCAGGCUGCUUUAGACUCUACCCUUAAAGAAGUUAAAUUGGCCUUAGACAGAUCAGGCAUUAUUGGAAAAUCUGUCAAGGGGCCUCAGGAAAAGAUGGCUGUUGAUGAUUGCCAGAGCUUGUUGAACUUUGCUUCUGAUGAGCUGGAGAACUCAUUGUCUUCUGUUGGAAAUACCGAUUUGCAUAAAAUGAGAGACAGAGAGGCCGAGUUGAGGAACUGGCUGAGUGCAGCCAUUGCGUAUCAUCAGACUUGCAUUGAUGGAUGUGCUAAUUCCCGUGAGCUGAAUGAAACAAUGUCGAAUGGACUCAUGAAUGCCACACAAUUGACAAGCAAUGCAUUGGCUAUUGUUUCAACAAUGCAGGAUAUUUUUAAGUCCUUUAACGUUUCUGUGAACAAGACUGAACCUACUAGACGCCAGCUUGAGGGAUUGGAGGGUGAUAAGGCCGGUUAUCCUUCAUGGCUUUCGUCUGCAGAUAGGAAAUUGUUGGCCAGUGAUUACGCGGGCCGGACACCCAAUGCAGUUGUGGCACAAGACGGAAGUGGUCAGUACAAGACCAUCAAUGAGGCUCUUGCUGCAUAUCCAAAGAACCACCAAGGGAGAUUUGUGAUAUAUGUGAAAGCAGGGACUUAUAAUGAAUAUGUAACUGUUACCAAGGAUCAAGUGAAUGUGUAUAUGUAUGGAGAUGGACCGCGCAAGACGAUGGUCACAGGCAAUAAGAGCAAUGCCAAAGGAAUUUCAACAAUGCAGAGUGCAACAUUUGCUGCAGUUGGGGCGGGAUUCGUGGCUAAGAGUAUGGGAUUCCAGAACACAGCAGGCCCUGAUGGACAUCAGGCAGUGGCGCUCAGAAGUCAAUCAGAUAUGUCUGCAUUUUAUAACUGCAGAAUUGAUGGAUACCAAGAUACCUUGUACACGCAAACGCAUCGCCAGUUCUACCGCAACUGUGUCAUUUCAGGCACCGUGGAUUUCAUAUUUGGUGACGGAGCCGUUGUUAUUCAGAACUGUCUGAUCAUCGUCAGAAUGCCAGGUCCAAGCCAGAAAAAUACAAUUACUGCACAGGGGAGAACAGACAAGCGCGAACCAACAGGCAUAGUCAUUCAGAACUGUCGUAUUGUCCCUGAGCAAAAACUCUUCCCGCAGAGAUUCCAGAUCCAAACUUUCCUGGGAAGGCCCUGGAAACAAUACUCCAUGACACUGAUCAUGGAAUCAACUCUAGCUGACUUCAUACAACCAGCUGGAUGGAUGCCAUGGCAAGGGAGCUUUGCACUCGAUACAUUGUUUUACAGAGAGUACGCGAACCGCGGUCCAGGCUCAGGUACUACACAAAGGGUCAACUGGAGAGGCUACAAAGUUAUUACUGACAAGAAUGAGGCUCAACCAUACACUGCUGGCCCGUUUCUUCAAGGAGACCAGUGGCUCCAAGGAACUGGAGCUCCAUUUGUCCUAGGCUUUGCACAUUAGUGUAUUUUUAGAAUUACGCAGCAAAUUAAACAAACUACAUUACAAAGAAAAUAUAAUCUCUAUCUUGUAAAUGAUAUCUUGGCACUGAAGUAGUGGACUAUUGAACAUUAUAAGUCUUAGUGAUU